CCAACAAAUUAAAUCACAAGAAAUAUCACAAACUUUGCACGAUGUUUGAAAAUGACGAUUACUACCUCUCGGAAACGGAUCUUGCCUUUCUCGAUUCCAUAAGAAGACAUUUGCUGGACGAAUCGCAGCCGCCCCACAUGUUUUCCGGCGACACUCCACCUCUGGCUGCGGUGGUUGUGAAGCCGGAGCCGGAACUAUCGUUUCCGAGCUUUGAUGAAGCGGUAGCGGAGAGUGUUGGAGUAGCGGCGGCGCGUCAAUACAGAGGGGUGAGGCAGCGGCCGUGGGGGAAGUUCGCGGCGGAGAUAAGGGAUCCCUCGAAGAAUGGGGCGCGGGUGUGGCUUGGGACGUACGAGACCGCGGAGGAGGCCGCCUUGGCCUAUGAUCAAGCGGCCUACGCCAUGCGCGGGUCGAGGGCGAUGGUGAAUUUCCCCUUGAGGGUUAACUCGGGGGAGGCGCCGCCGGUUAGGAUUACAUCGAAGAGGUCUGCUGCUUCUUCUUCGUCGUCCUCGGAUAGUGGAUCGCCGACAAGGAAGAGGAAGGCUGCGGCGGCGGCGGCUGAUGGUGGACUUACAAAAAGGCCAAUAUCAGCUGUUUACCGAUAGAUGGCAAACUUGUUUUUUCUGAUUCAUAUUCUUUAUUUUUCCAUUCACUAAAUUGUUAGUACUACAUUUCUUCAAAUAAAGAUGUUCCUUUUUUUUCU